AUGGAUGAGGUGUUGCCGAACUCCGUGGUUCCACAGGGAACCAUGCCGCUGACGGACGGCAUGGAAGGGGCUUUGCCGAAUUCGGUGGUCCCGCAAGGAACUGUGCCGUUGACCAGCAUUGGAGCUGACGCCUUGUCGCCUGCCAAGCUGGCAGGUUUCUCAACCAAGACUCACAAGUCCGGGCUUGGAACGCAGACCGCGGUCAUGAACCAGGCCUUCGACGGUCAGCUGGAGGAGAUCUACACCGUCCUGGAAGAAGGGAUGGAUUCUGCAAAUUGUAGAUCGCUCCUGGAUGGCUCCUACCCUUUCACGUUCCAGUACAAGAAGCGGAAGUGCACGGGCGGGGCCAUCCACAUCGCCGCGCUGCAAUCGGACGGGGAGCUCCUGGAGCAGCUGUUGGAGCUCAGGGUCGACAUCAACGUGGAGUGCCGUUACAUGACCUUCGAGAAGGAGGGAAGGGCCCAGCCCAUUCACCUGGCCGUGCAGGGCUGCCUGGAGAACGUUCAGCUGCUGAUAAAUGCUGGCGCGGACGUGAAUGCUCGCGUCAAGGUGGAUGGUUCCGAUCACUUUUGCCCUCUCCACGACGCUGUCUUCUUUCGCGAUGUCGACAUGGUCCAGUACUUGUUGGAGAAGGCUGCCAGCGUCAAUGCGUUGAACAUGGAUCGCAUGACUCCACUCCACGUGGCUGCAAAGAUGGGGGCUUCGGAGGUGGCGGAGGUCUUAGUUCGCCACGAGGCCGACACGGAGCUCAGGGACGAGAGCCAGCGGAGUGCGCUGGAGGUGGCCGUUGAGUCCGGGGUCUUUCCUCAGCGUCGGCUUCAUCUUCUGGCGAGAUUUCGCAUUGGAGAUAUCAUGAUCGUGUCUGAGCAUUGCCCCAGUGCCACCACGGAGUUCAUUCGGAAUCUUUUGUGCGACUACGCUGGUGCAGAGUCGGCAGACCAAGUGGCGCACAAGACCAACGUCGCAGAUGAGCUGCAGACAGAGGAAAACCUGACGGUCGAGCACUGGAUAGCGCUUCUGGACAACACCCCAGAUGCGGCGGACUAUCUGCUGGAAAUCCUGACCGUAGAGCCCGACGAGGACAGCGUCUACUACCAUCCGUUGCCCAACCAGGCCAUUCUCAAGGAGCUCAGGGCGGACUACAACACGGACGACAGCUGGAAAUGCGACACUGAAACCGGUGACAGGGCCAAGGCGUGGCCCGCCUGGCAUGAUCGCCUGGCCCCUGGCGCCCGUGCCGUGCGGAAAGGACGGCGGAUUUCGCACGCCCCUUCCAAUCGCAUCUCGAAGUUUGUGAUGCGCCAGCCGAACCCUCGGACGAACCAGCCAAAGUUUGUGGACUCGCGCGACUUGCAGCCCGUGCACAUGCGGCAACUGCGACUGAAAGGCAUUGUUUGCCCCGAGGUGUUGCAGGCGCUCAGUGAGACCAAGUACGUCGAGAUUUUCAGAAAUCCCGCCGUCACUGCAACCCUGACAUACUGUUGGGAUGCCUUCGUGUUGAAAUGGUACUUACUGCAGCUGCUGCACCGGCUUCUGGAAUUGAUUGUGCUCUCUGCAUGGACGUACUCCAAGUCUCAAGACUUCAACGGGAAGCAGGUCCCUUACUGGCAGCGCCGCAUUUCUUGGACCUUCAUGUUUGAAAGCGCUGUCCGAGAUACCUACAUAGAAGCCUUCCAAGCCUACGGCUACUGCAUCCAGCUUCAGAACCCUGGGUCUUAUUUUGGCAAUGGAGGCAACUACGUGGAUGUCGCGGUCAUCUCGAUCUUCAAUGUCGUGGUUGGACAGGCUUUGUACUCUAGCCAGUUCAACUUGGAUGCAGAGGAGGAGCUUUUUGCCGUCUUGGUCUUUGUUCGCUGGUUCCAGAUGCUUUUCGCACUGCGUGCUUUCAAGCUGGGCAUGAUUGGCGUAAAAGGAAUUAUUCCCAUACUGCACUCUGUCAAGAAGAUAGGGGGCAUGGGGAUCAUCUGUGGCUUCGUUUUUGCCGGAUUCUGGCAUGCCUUCAUGAUCCUGGACAACGGCCUGGAAGGCCCUUAUAAAAUUCUGGUGGGAACGGUGAAGCUGCUUUUCAUGGUGGAUGGCGAUGGCAUCGUGCAAGUCUUGAAGCUUGGGAACCGGGGAGAUGAGGCUGGUAAUGGGGACUACAUCACGCUGGCCAGCUUGAUGAUUGCUGUGAUCAUCUUCUGCAUUAGUUUGCUGAAUUUGUUUAUUGCUGUACAUGGAAGGGCAUACUCCGAAGCCCACAUGCAUGCCACCAACCUAUUCCUCCAAGAACGGGCCUCGAUUUGUGUGCACUGCAUGGUGCAGCUGCGGUUACCCAUGUGCUGCGGGCACAAGAGGAAGUGGUGGCAGCUGGGCUACUUCGUUUUGGCAUUUCUGGCAUUUGGAGGAUGGGUUCUAUGUAUUCUUAUCGAAGACUGUCCUGCGAUCAUUCCCGCAGUGCUGCUCUCCUUGGCCUUCUACCUGUUCAACGGGCUGCUGCUGGAGCGGCCAUGGACUAACGAAGAAGUCUGCAGUCGCAGCUACCUUUGGUGGUGUGCACCGACAAGCAAGCAGUACGGCAUCUCCGGUGAAACGGAGCAAGCGCAGAUGGUGGAAGACAUGGCCGAGAGGCUGGUACGGCUUGAGAAGUCGCUAGAAGAGCUGCGGCAAAGCAGCCUCCAGGCGGGGCGGCCGCAGACACGCGGCGGCCGGAUGGGCAACACUCGGCUGGGUGGGCGAUGGCAUUGA